AUGACGAGCAUAUUGCUAUCUCAUGCAAUUGAACAUAAAAACUCAAUCGAAUCGAAAUAUUUACCAUAUAUUGGGAUAUCAACUCCAAAUUAUUAUCAUUUAAGACAGCUUUUAGUUUAUAAUUUAGAAAUUGAAAAAUCAGCAGUGUUUUAUGGAGAUUUUGAUAUUAUCAAAAUAGUCAAUCUUCCAAAUGAUGAAAUUCUUUUAGUCCAAUCAGAUAUCCACUGCAGAAAGAAUACUACUACUUUUUGAUUUUUACAUAAAGGGAUAAGGAGAGAGAUAAAUCACAACUCUCCCAUUAUUUCAGCACUAUAUUAUGAUGAAUACGUAUACCUUUUUUUUGGGAGCAAAUCAUGAAAAGUUAAGAUAUCUGAUAUAGAAAGAAAUUCUUGCAAAAAGUUACGGAUAAUUAAUAUGCCAAAAAGUGCUCAUUUUUGGGCUAUUGAAUUUUUGUCGUGUGUUGGAUUUUUUGAUAAAAUGCUUAUUGCUAGCAGUUAUAAGAAUUGAAUUUUUAUGUACGAUAAAAAAGUUAAUAGCUGAUCUGAGCUACCUUUAAUUUUAAGAAAUGGCUACAAAAUUUUAGCGGUCCAUCAAUUCAAAAUUUAUGUUAUUUUAUUUCCUGGUUUAGUUUAUGAGAAUCUAGGAGAUUUGAGAUUAUGAAAAGUUGUAUCUCAAAAUUUUUGCUGUAUUAAUUAUCCGGAUAUAUCUACUUAUAUAUUUAAAGGUAACUCUCUUGUUAUAGCUGAUUAUAAAAAUUUUUAUUAUUUCAACCUAGACAAAGUAAAAAUAGAAAAAAUUGAAAUUAUAAUUGAUGAAAAUAAUAAAUAA